GCUCGAAAAUGCGUGCACGUCAAUCUAUCUUCGUCUAUUCAAGGACAAAUCCAAUGCCAUUAAAAAAUUCACCAUCAGGACCAUGCAUAUAUCAUAGAUAAUGAUCAACUGAUGGGCAGUCCAGAUUCUUUCGUACGUUUAGCCGCCAGACGCGGCAGUCAGCCCUCGUGCCUUCAUGUUUUGAUCCUGUAAAAAGAAAUCCAAGAAAUUCAGUCGUAGUUUUUCCUGGUUUUGGGCCCGGGAAAUGGAGGCGGAAGUGCCUUUACUUACGGGGUCGAACAGGGACAGCGAAUCCGGGUUUAGGAGAUGGGGCACGAUUUCAAGGGAGUUGAAUCGGGUCAAUUUCAUCGCGUUGCCGAUGAUAGUGGUGACGAUAUCGCAGUACCUUUUGCGGACUUCGCCCAUCUUUAUGUUGGGGCAUUUGGAUGAACUCUCUCUGUCAAGUGCUUCUAUCGCCACCUCUCUUUGCAAUGUGACGGGAUUCAGCGUGCUGUUUGGGAUGGCUAGUGCUUUGGAAACUCUGUGCGGACAGGCAUAUGGAGCUGGGCAGUAUCUGAGAGUUGGAACUUUCACUUAUGGGGCUAUUUUAUGUCUGUUUCUGGUGUGCAUACCAGUUUCUCUUCUGUGGAUCUACACAGAGAAGUUGCUAAUAUUCUUUGGCCAAGAUCCUUUAAUCUCGGCUGAAGCGGGGAAGUUUGCGAUUUGGCUCAUUCCCACAUUGUUUCCUUACGCUAUUCUUCAGUCUCUGGUUCGGUACUUGCAGACUCAGAGUGUGAUCAUUCCAAUGCUUUGGAGCUCAUUAGUGUCUCUGUGCUUCCAGUUAGCUCUCUGUUGGGCUUUUAUAUUUAAGUUGAAUCUUGGAAAUGCUGGAGCAGCUCUGUCCAUAGGGAUAUCUUAUUGGGUUAAUGUCAUUUUGCUCGUGCUUUAUGUGAGGUACUCAACAAACUGUAAGAAAACCCGUUCGUCAUUCUCGAAAGAUGUUUUUGUGAUUAUGAGGGAGUUCUUUCAAUUCGCUAUCCCCUCAGCUGUCAUGGUCUGUCUGGAGUGGUGGUCGUUUGAGCUUGUGAUAUUGCUUUCAGGAGUGUUGCCAAAUCCACAAUUAGAGACAUCCGUUCUUUCUAUAUGCUUAACAAUCACUUCAUUGCACUAUCACAUACCUUAUUCUUUUGGUGCCGCUGCAAGCACCCUGGUCUCAAAUGAACUAGGAGCAGGGAAACCCCAAGCCGCUAGACUUGCUCUCUGCUCAGUUCUGGUUCUGUCAGUUGCCGAAUUUCUGAUUGCCAGCAUCACUAUUUAUAUUUGCCGUAGUAUAAUGGGAUAUGCAUUCAGUGACGAGAAGGAAGUAGUCAAUCAUGUGCAAGAAAUGGUUCCUUUUCUUUGCAUCUCCAUCAUCAUGGAUAGCUUACAAGCUGUCCUAUCAGGGGUAGCUAGAGGUAGCGGAUGGCAGCACAUAGGGGCUUAUGUGAAUCUCGGGGCUUAUUAUCUGGUGGGUAUACCAGUCGCCUUGCUACUGGGAUUUGUUCUUCACCUAAAAGGAGAGGGCCUUUGGAGUGGACUAGUGGCAGGAGCAACAGUGCAAUCUCUCUCACUCUCUCUCAUAACAGGUCUCACAAACUGGGAGAAACAGGCAAGGGAGGCAAGGGAAAGAAUUUUUGCAGAGAAAUCUCCAGCUGAAAAUCAAGCUAAUUGAUAGAAUUCAGGACCCGAAAACCCCGAUUUAAAUGUUCUUUUUUUUUUUGUUUUGGUACUUUAGUUACAAUUCUUGUCACUAGUAACGAGCAAGUGACAAUUAUUGUCUUGUUUUUUCCUUUAGGUUAAAUUAUUUACAACAUAUUUAAAUGUUUAAAGCAAUUAAUGUAAGGAACAAGUGAAUAUUCCAAUCUUGUGAAUUAAAUUUUGUUGCA